AUGAAGGUAGAAGAAGUAAGUAGAUGUCAGAUUCAGGACUGGUAUCCGAAAUUCAAGUCCCUCUCCAUAAGAACCAUCAUUCAUGAACUUCCUGAACCCUUUGUUGAAUACCUCAACGAUCCUGGUACCUUAAUUCUUCCGGACUCUGUCACAGAGGAUGAUGCCUUUCCAAAUAGGGUGCAUAAACCUGAAGAUGAAGAUGAUUUCCAAGUACAAGAAGGCUCCGAUGAAGAAGAUGAAUCUGAACAGCCUUCGACUCCUCCCCCUUCUUUCCCGGAACUAGAAUUGAAGAUCAAGGAAUCUAUUGAAUCUCUUGGUGGGGCUGUAUUUCCCAAGCUUAACUGGAGUGCUCCAAAAGACGCUGCUUGGAUUAGUUGUUCAGGGAAUCUUAAGUGUUCCACUUUCAGUGAGAUUGUGCUCUUGUUGAAAUCGUCAGACUCUCUAGUUCACGAUCUGGACCACGCAUAUGAUUCUUGUGAUGAUAAAACAGCAGCAAGGCCCCAAAAGUUUUUCCUUGCUCUUCGAAAAUGGUACAACUCACUACGACCUGAGAUGGAAUUCCGUUGCUUUGUUCGUGAUCGUAUCCUUAUUGGCAUAUCCCAACGUGAAGUUACUGGAUUUUAUCCUUCUCUUUUUGCGAGGAAAGAUGAGCUUAGCACAAUGAUCCAAGACUUUUACCAGCAGAAAUUGGGAGAUAAAUUCGAAUCAGAAAGUUACACUUUUGAUGUAUAUAUUACAGGAGAUAACAGAGUUAAGCUCUUAGAUUUCAAUCCAUGGUGUGGAUCUACCUUGCCGUUGUUGUUUAGUUGGGAAGAGCUUGAAGAGAUAUCAAGAGAUGAUGAAGAAGUCCCAGAGUUUAGAAUAGUAGGAAACCAGUGCGGAGUUCGUCCUGGCAUGAAAACCGCAGUUCCUUAUGAUUAUCUGGAUACAAGCCCCGGGAGUGGCUGGGAUCAGUUCUUGAACCAAGCUAAUGAAGAACUGAAGAAACAGUCAAUUUCAGGUGAAGCAGGUGCUUGA